AUGAUGACCAAGCUAAGCCGCUCGUCCGUAGCCGCCGCGGUGUCCGCUUACCUUCGUACGUGCUGA